GCCAUCCCAAUACUACGAAGCAUCAUUAAAAAAAAAAAAAACAAAAAAAAAUUAAAAAAAUCAUCAAAUCUUGUUGAAUAAAUAAUGGGAGGCAAAAAGUACAGUUGUAAAUUCUCUACCUCAUCAUGUACCAUCUCCAUGUGUAUAUAUAAAUGGAAAGUGAGAGAGAUUGGUAUUUGUCACAAUUAUAUUUAUCACUUUCAUUUUUUUUUUUCUUUUGACAUUGAGAAGUGGAUUUUGCUGUUUCAACAAUUAUAUUUUUCCUCUCUGGGGAUGAUACAGUUGCGGAAGAGCUGACAUGGGUUGGCGAUAAUACUUGCAUUAACUUCACGCAGAUCAAGAAUUUGCAGAAAGAAAGAGAGAGAGAAAGAGAAGUAGUAGUAUUUGUAUAGUUAUUUUUGUCUUUUGGGAUUCUGGGAUUUACCACUUCUGCAGCAAUCUGCAGCAUUAUUCAACUUAUUUCACUUUCCCGCUCUGUUGUUGAAUCAUCUGGGAUUCUACAGCUGCAAUGAAUUCAUUCCUCUGAAGGUUUCAUUCAAUUUGGAGAUUGAAGAAAAGAUGAAUACUAGAACCAGGACUGCUGCUGUGCAGUCUAUGAGACCUAUUCCUUUGAAGCAAGAAAAAGUAAUCAUAGACAGCCAAAUGCUGAUGCCAUUCAGAUUGAUUUGUGUCUUCCAACAUGUUCAUUGCUUGUUUAAAGUGAAUCUUCAAAGGGGGUUUUUUUUAUAUAUAUAUUUUUCCUCCUCUUCUUCCUUUUCUAUUUAUGUUCUUAGAGGUUGACUGCGAAGAUUCACAUUAGGCAGUAGCAUGAUUGAUUUUGAAACUUACCAAGAUAUUGCAAUUUUCCAGAAGUUGCAUCAAGUUCAAUCAGAAGGGUUCAUAUGGAAAGAAUUUCCGGAAAUUUUGAUAAAGUCGGCAUCUUUGAUGCAGAUUCUGGAUGAUUAUUGAGUUUUAGUUGCUCUUUUAGGUUGCAGAAUACAGACAUUUCCCCUGUGAAUUUGAUAAGAUUGGCAUCUUUGAUGCAAAGUUUUAAUUGAAUUUUCACUUUUGGUUUGAUUAAGCAGGGGAGAAUGAUUUUUUGGCCUCAAAACUUCAUCACAGUUUUUCCACUUUAUUAAAAAUCUUUCUUGAAGUUGAUAACUUUUUCUUUGAGUGUUCUGCUGAUUGUUUGAUUAGAUGCCUGCUUUGAUAAAGCUUUAAAAGUUUGCUACUUUGCUUCUUAUCCACAAAUUGUAGUGAUCUUUUCUUAGCUUUAUUUUCUCCAUGUGUUUGGGACCUUUUCUUUGUUGAUGCCUUAAGUUACAGUGCUUUUCUUGUGGAAGCUGACUGUUCUACUCUCUGUUCAUUGGUUGAAGGAAAAGGUGGAAAUGCGGGGCAAGAGGAUAAUGGAAGCUGAGAAAGCAACCAAAACCAGAAGAGGCUCAAUUAGAGAAAAGAAGAAGGCAUUGCAAGAAGAUGUUGACAAAUUGAAGAGAAAACUCAGACAUGAGGAAAAUGUCCACAGAGCUUUGGAGAGGGCUUUUACCAGACCCCUGGGAUCUUUGCCUCGUCUCCCUCCCUAUCUUCCGGCUCAGACAUUGGAACUUCUGGCUGAAGUAGCUGUUUUGGAAGAGGAGGUUGUUCGACUUGAAGAGCAAGUUGUGCAUUUCAGGCAAGGAUUGUAUGAGGAAGCCGUCCAGAUUUCGUCUUCUAAGAGAAAUAUGGACAAUUCAGUUGAUCCAAGUGAUCAGCACCAAAUUCAUGACCGGAAACAAAAGCAAUCCAAGUUGUCAAUUCAGACUCAAGAAAAUUCAGCGCCAUCAAGAGGGCGGCAUUCGACAAAUCUCUCAGAUGAUGCCCGCGGAAAAGAGAAUGAGUUGUGUCCUAAUUUGACAAAAAGCAAGCAGAAGUCUCCAAGCACAAAAACGCCAAUUGUGAAAACUCACGUUAAAAGGCCUUCUAUUGAUUCAGGACCACUUGACAAGCGCUUUGAUCCCAAGAAAUUACAGUUAGACCUGGACAAUGAGGGCAAAGGAAGAGCUCUUGUUCCUGGUACUGAAAAAUCAUCAGGGGAUGACAAUCCAAAUAAAAUCUCCGAAAGCAUUUUAAAAUGCUUGUUGAAUAUUUUCAUGCGAAUGAACUCAAAGAAGGCUAGAAGUGCAGUUGAUCCAUUGUCUUCACUGGCUUCUUGUGAUAACUUGGAGGAUGUGGAUUUUAGAGAUCCAUAUGGUAUCUGUUCGGAAUUUGGCAAGCGAGAUAUUGGUCCAUAUAAGCAUCUAUUCGCUAUUGAAGCGAGCUCGAUCAAUCCAAGCCGAACAACAAUAUCAGUUUUCCUAGUUCGCAGACUAAAGGUUUUACUUGAGAAAUUAGCAGUAGUUGAUUUAAAAGGCCUUUCUCAUCAGGAGAAGCUUGCAUUCUGGAUCAACAUUUACAAUUCUUGCAUGAUGAAUGCAUAUCUUGAACAUGGAAUACCUGAGAGUCCUGAAAUGGUCGUUGCACUGAUGCAAAAGGCAAACAUAAAUGUUGGGGGGCACAUUCUCAAUGCAAUAUCGAUUGAACAUUUCAUACUGAGACUGCCUUAUCACUCAAAAUAUACUUUCGCUAAAGGUGCAAAAAAUGAGGAAAUGUCAACACGUAGCGUUUUCGGGUUGGAGUUUUCAGAACCACUGGUGACAUUUGCUCUGUCAUGUGGAAGCUGGUCCUCACCUGCUGUAAGAAUAUACACUGCAGCUGAGGUUGAGAAUGAGCUCGAAGUCGCGAAGAAGGAGUUCUUGCAAGCGACAGUUGGCAUUUCAACAAAGAAGAAAGUGGUCGCAAUACCAAAACUUUUGGAUUGGUACAUGCUAGAUUUUGCCAAGGAUUUGGAAUCAUUGGUAGAUUGGAUAUGUCUUCAACUACCAGUUGAACUUGGAAAAGAGGCCAUCAACUGCCUUGAUAGAGAAAGAAAUGAACCACUUGCACAGUUCCUUGAAAUUAUGCCUUAUGAGUUCAUUUUUAGGUAUCUGUUGCAAACAUGAUGUAGAAAGUUUUUGGUAAAGUCACCUUCUUUUAUAGGAUCAUUGGUUAGUAGUGGGGGUGGUAUGUUUAUACAUCUAUAGAUAACAUGGGGGGGAGAAAAAUGUAUAAUCUUGCCUUUCUCUUGUAAGUAAAUUUUGAUAUUGGUUAUUCAUUGGAUGCACUGGUUUUUAAUAACUCCAGUAAUGUAUAGAAUGUGUGUUAAGAGAAUUUCUUUUUUAUUUUUUAAUCUUUGUGAAGAGAUAAUAAAUCAAAGGAAUUUGCAUAAACAAGUUUUUCAAAUU